UCCUGACGUCAUUCAACAGCUUCCGGGCUGCUAGCGCUGUCCCGGUUACACUCAGAAUUACAAUUUUACUUAAUGUUCUAUUCGUUUUAUAACACACUUGCAGUCGUGAUUUGUGACCAAAUACACCGUGUUAAUAGAUUAUAUCAAUAUAAUGUCAGCUCUUUGGUUACAAGGAUAAAUAGAUUCGAUCCAAUCCCACAGCGACUCGACGUAGCGGUCGAGAAAAGGAGAAAAGGGGGUGAGAAGGUCUGGUGGACUUACUGCACAAAAGAAUACCACCUGCAACCUUCAGCCUCAGUAAGUCAAAAUACUUAAAGGGCAGUGACGAGUGCAGUAUCAUUGCUCUUCUGGUCUGAUUCAUCGCCAGCACUGACUUCAUCAAAGAUGAAGUUGAAGGAGGAUAUAAACCCCCUGCUGCUGCAGGUCUUCCGCUCUGCAGUCUGGGUCUACUCUGUCAUCACCUUCAUACCCUGGUACUUCUUUUCCGGAGCUGGCAGCAACUUGGAACGGGCUCGCCGGAUUAAGGCGCGCUCAGUUAGUGGACACCCAGCAGGGCCUUACAGGGCCAUCAACAGCCAAGAAAAGCUGGUGGCAUGGCUGCACCCCAGGGUGGACACCCUGGACAAAAUGUUUGAAUAUGCUGCGGUGAGUUUUCCACAGAGAGACUGUCUCGGCACCAGGGAGGUGCUCAGUGAGGAGGAUGAGCUCCAGCCUAACGGCAAGGUCUUCAAGAAGGUAAUUCUAGGAAACUAUAACUGGCUGUCGUAUGAGGACGCGUACCAGGCAGCAAAGUGUUUCGGCAGUGGUCUGGCAGCUCUCGGCCAGAAGCCUCUGUGUAACAUUGCCAUCUUCUGCGAGACCAGAGCAGAGUGGAUCGUGGCAGCACAAGCCUGCUUCAUGUACAAUUUCCCACUUGUGACCCUGUAUGCCACUCUUGGACCCACGGCCAUCGCCCACGGCCUGAACGAGACCGAGGUCACACACAUCAUCACAAGCAAAGACCUGCUUCAGAGCCGUCUCAAGGCCAUACUGUGUGAUGUGCCGAGGCUGCGGUAUGUCAUUGUUGUUGACAGUAAACCCACGAGCUGGCCAAACAUCCCCAGAGGCAUCAUGGUCUACAACAUGGACACUGUGAAGGAGAUGGGAGCCAAGCCUGACAAUAUAGCAGUAGACCGCAGACAGCCAGAGUCUUCGGACAUCGCCGUCAUUAUGUACACCAGCGGCUCCACGGGCAUCCCCAAGGGUGUCAUGAUCUCCCAUGGCAACAUCAUUGCUGGAAUUGCUGGCAUGGCUGAGCGAAUUCCUAACCUCAAUGAAGCAGACACCUACAUUGGCUACCUGCCGUUGGCGCACGUUUUAGAGCUCAGUGCUGAACUGGUAUGCAUCUCUCAUGGCUGUCGCAUUGGCUACUCCUCCCCUCAGACUCUAGCCGACCAGUCCACCAAGAUAAAGAAGGGCAGUAAAGGGGAUACCAGCGUGCUGAAACCUACUCUCAUGGCUGCAGUACCAGAGAUCAUGGAUCGAAUCUACAAGAAUGUGAUGACCAAAGUGGAGGAGAUGAGCAAAUUCCAGAAGACGCUCUUUGUGCUGGCUUACAACUACAAGAUGGAGCAGAUCUCCAAGGGCUACAGCACGCCUCUCUGUGACAGUCUGGUGUUCAAACGGGUGCGUGCGCUCUUGGGAGGGAACACGCGGGUGCUGCUUUCUGGCGGAGCUCCACUCUCAGCUGCCACACAGCACUUCAUGAACAUCUGCCUGUGCUGCCCUGUGGGGCAGGGCUACGGCCUGACGGAGACCUGUGGAGCUGGCACCAUCAGUGAGAUUUGGGACUACAGCACGGGACGGGUUGGUGCUCCAUUGGUUUGUUCUGAGAUCACACUGAAGGACUGGGAGGAGGGUGGUUACUACAGCACAGACAAGCCCAACCCACGAGGGGAAAUUUUGAUUGGCGGUCCCAAUGUAACAAUGGGUUACUACAAAAAUGAAACCAAGAACCGUGACGACUUUUUCGUGGAUGAGAACGGUCAGCGAUGGUUCUGUACCGGAGACAUUGGAGAGUUGCACCCUGACGGAUGCCUCAAGAUCAUUGACCGUAAGAAGGACCUGGUGAAGCUGCAGGCAGGCGAGUACGUCUCUCUAGGAAAAGUGGAGGCUGUUCUGAAGAACUGCUCCCUCAUAGACAACAUCUGUGCCUAUGCCAACAGUGACCAGUCGUAUGUGAUCAGCUUUGUGGUGCCUAACCACAAGCAGCUAAUGGCGGUGGCGGAGCAGAUGCAGGUGAGGGGCACAUGGGAGGAGAUCUGCAACAACUCACAGAUGGAGAAAGAGGUCCUCCGCAUCAUUACUGAGGCUGCUAUCUCAGCAAAACUGGAGCGAUUUGAGAUCCCCAAGAAGAUCCGCCUGAGUGCUGAGCCGUGGACACCAGAGACUGGCCUGGUCACUGACGCAUUCAAACUGAAGCGCAAGGAGCUCAAAACACACUACCAGGAAGACAUUGAGAGGAUGUACGGUGGAAAAUAAACACACACACACUCCAAACAACACAGUAACACAUACACAUAUAUACUUGCACACAUACACAAGGAGCUCAGAAGCCACUACGAGGACUACUUGGAGAGAAGUUAUACUGUAGAUACAGGUAACACACACACAUUAAUACUGACACAUAAAGCAUCUCAUGCACCUCCUCCUCGGCUUCCCUGCAACCAGCUUCGAUCAAAGGAGGGGGAAAACUCUUGAAUCCAGCGUAAUGCUCUCUGUCAAGACCAAAAGGCAGAACGUCCCUCACAGACAGCUGAACCAGCCAGAUGUGCACGGUGCGAUGCACUCUCUAUUCCUCUUUGAUGGAUCUAGCCCUUUGAGUUGCUAUGACAACCGAGGCGGCACAUGAAGUCGGACGUUUGCGUGACUUGAAGUGAAACAAAUGCCAUGCUAGAAGUAUCUGGAUCAAUGUCAGCGCGCCAUCUCUUUUGCUUCUCUUCCUCCUCCCCUGCUCUCUGGAGCCUUCCACCAGUUUAGCAUAGUCAUGGACUGGUAGUGCAGAUACCUGGCAGGGAAAUGGAGUAGCAUGAGCCUGAUAGAGGGAUCCCUCCUGGGCUUUAAGUAACAUUCAGGUUGGAAUCUAUGCAGGGAUCUCUAUUAUCUUUUUAAUGAUUUUUUUAAUGUGUCACUAUGUUUCCUUUGUGUUUUGGUUCGUCAGCUUUGAAACCCAUUUGAUGAGUAUUUUUGUGUGUAGAAUCGGUGUUGCAAAGCCAUGAGAGAUUGAGCGUUGAGAUGUUUUAAAAUACCUUUUUCUUACUGUUAUUUUAUGGUUGCAUUAUUCUGAGUGUUUUUAUUUCUUUACCCUCCUAUUUUUUUAUUGACAAUUUGUUUACAAGCUUUUUUUUUUUUUUUUUGUCUUUUUCUCCCCUUAUUUGACUGUGUCCCAAAGUUUGUACCUUAAGUGUGUGUUUACUGACUUGACUAGUAGAAGCGAUCCAGUCUUUCAGUCCCUUCUGCUCUUGGCCUUUACAGCAGGGUCAAACGUCAAUUGUAAGAGGCAUCCAUUGGAAUUUUUUCCAUUCCUGCUCUUUGCCCCCAGCUUAAUUUUUCCAUAUCUUAGCAGCCCCUGGAUGCCUCCCAACCUGUGUCUUAUUGGUUAUUUUGUUGGUUCAUUGGCAUACCGUAGCCCUGCCACAUCUACUACAUAUUCCUCCAGUCAUGACCAAUGCACCGUAUGGAUGUCUCCAAGGGAACUUAGCCUACCGUAGAAAAAUAGUUACAUUAGUUAGCCUUUCAUUGGUUGCUCUUCCAGUUACUUUUUGGUGCAACUGUACAUGUUAUCCUUUUUGCCAUAGGUCUAGUUACUGUUACUUUGAUCUUUUUUACUUAUGAAUAUGAAAUACAAAAUGAAUGUGCAAUAUUUAUACACAAAUUUUAAACUAAAGUAUGUAGGAAGGAAAAAACGCACAGAUAGCAGCCCCUCCAUAGUGUAUUAAUGUGUAGGCCUAUUGCUUUCCACUUCAGUGCAUAUUGGAAGACCUAUAGGAACAUAAGCAUAGGAAUAAAGAAGAGUAUGGUAGAGAGACACUGAUAGGUAAGUCUAGAUGUAGCCCAUUUGUACUGUGCUAAACAAUGUAAUGCUCUUUAAUAAGACUGUAAAGUGAAAACUUUAUAUUUGGCAUUGUAGAAAUUGCAUGUUGGAAAGCGUGCAACUGAAGCACUUGAAUAUAUAUCUGAGAGAGAGAGAGAAUCGGACUCAGUUGAUCAUUGAAACAAAGAAAUUCCUUAUAAAUACCCUCCCUAUUUAAUAGUGAGUAAAUAGCGUACGCUCACAACCUCAGAGUUCAAAUAACAUUUCUGUUUCUUCAAACUGGUUUAUGUGUAUGAUGCCGUAUGUAUAAUGUAUAUAAAAAAAGGGUCUACAGUUCUGUCAACUGCCAUUUAUUUGAACUCGUGUAACAUACAUUAAUUACUGUAGGUUUUCAGAUUGGUGGUGAUGUUGUCUGAAUGGCAUCAGUACGAGGGACACCCUUGCUUCAGUCUUUCUUCUCUUUAUGGGGAGAAGAUUAAAUAGUGUUUGGUCAGUGGUCCUUUGUAAGGGCGACAUCUGUCCUGCAGCCGCCCUCUUGGAAUGCAAAUCCUGCUUUGCAUUCACUGAAGACAUUUAGCAUUAAUAAAGGUACAGUCAACUACUCUAACUACUUCUCUUAUCAUACGUCUACUAGCUCAACGCAGAAGGGUUAUUUUAGCAUGUAAAAAUUUGACAAUACUAUCAUGACGAGGUGGAAACCCACUCCUCCCUUCCUAUUUUUUAAUAACACGUCUCUCUCCAGACAUUUCAGUGGGAAGUCCGUAGCUUACUGUGCUGUUUGCUGCGUCUCCUCUGCCUGGUUAGAGGUGGCUAGUUGCCUUCUGACACACAUGAGCUGUCUUCAGGGGUCUUAAGAAUGUGAAGCACUCCGCGCGUUUUGUUGGUAGCACACAGGCUGUGUCCUACUACAUCCAUUUGUACAUCCCAAUGGCAAGGCAAAGACAGUGGGUGGCGCAAAGAUGAAUUUCACCACUCCUGUUGUUUUCACUUGCAUUGUAAAUAGGUUGAGAGGGGAGUGGAUCUAUGAUCAAAGUUCAUUCAAACUACCAAUAGAUGUACAGGUGUAAAGUCUCCUGUUAACCUAUUUAAUAAUCUUUGUUGCUGACCAGUUUUUGGGGUCUCCUCCUUGUUUUGUGUGGUUAAGUGGCCCUGCAAGCCGGGCUAUUGCAAGUGUCUCCUUCCUUAUUUAUUUGUGAUUUGGCCUUGAAAAUUAUGUAAUGAAAUAAAAAAAAGUUUGUGUUGUAA